AUGGAUGUUGCCUUAUUCGAUGAAGAGAAUCCAAUUAUGGAUUGGCUGUCCAACUCCAUGACUGAAUCUGCACCAAUUCUGGAUGAAUAUGAUGACUAUGAUGAUGAUUGAAUCACACCUGGUGGCUUCCUCAUUGAUGAGCUACAGAUGCAACCAGAAGAAGUGGCUGCAUUCAAGAGGAAGCUUUGUUUUGGUAGAAAUGGUGGUCAGAAGAAAGGGAAGGUGGGAUUGGAUGAUGAGGAAGAAUUCGUAGAUGACUAUGAGUCGGAUUCUACACAUGGUAGCCCUGUGUAUGCUGAGACAGGGGACAGCAGCUCCGCCUCUGAAGAGGAUGGUGAUGGUGCUGAUGAUGUGGGGGGAGAUCAAUCUGGUGGUGGUAUAGCCUUUGGUGAGGCAGCAAAAAAGCAUGGCGCUGGAAGUAGUGGACGUAGAGCCCGUGGUGGUGGUGCAGCCUACCGUUCAGGAGUUACAAUUGGAAGGCCAAGCUGCUCUAUCCGUACAAGAUCAACUAGGAAGAAGAAGCCAACUCUCAAGGCUGUCUCCGAACUCUAAAAGGCCUCCUGGUUCAGAUGCGGCAGGAACACUCCUAGUUGGUGCAUGUUCUUUGUCCAAGUCUAUUUUUUGGGUUUGAUGUGCGCUCCUGUAUUUUGCAAUGGAAAUGAUGUUCAUUUGGGAUCUACAUUGGUGCUCUGUGCUUCAAGCAUGUACUAGGGACUGUAAUAUGGACUGUAUUUUGUGGGGACACUUUAGUCUGGUACUGCAUUUAGGAUUGAUGAGUCAUUGACAUAUUGAGAUGCUUGAAGCUAUCUAAUCUGGCUAUAACAUGUGAAAUGGUCUU